CGCGCGCGCUCGCUUGCCGCCCGGCCGCACAUGUGUUUCUGUUUUGUGUUGUAGCAUUUGUUCUGGAAGCUCGUAUUUACAUUUUAAGUGUAUCUGGUGAGUGGGCUGGAGCCCUCGUCUGGGCCGGGGAGAGAAGAAGCCGUCGACCCAUCUUCCAGUCGCUCCCCUUCCCUUUUCUCAUCACUCCAACCAGCCCGCGACCAUGCCCAGGAAGAAGGGGGCGGCCUGGGAGGAGCCGAGUUCGGGCAACGGCACGGCGCGCGCGGGGCCCCGGAGGCGCGGCGGCCCCGCGGGCAGGAAGCGCGAGCGGCCCGAGCGCUGCAGCAGCAGCAGCGGCGGCGGCAGCAGCGGCGACGAAGACGGCCCGGAGCUGGACGGGGCCCCCGGCGGCGGCAAGCGCACAGCCAGGCCGGCGGCGGCGGGCAAGGCGAGCGGCGCGGCCGCGAUUAUCACCGAGCCCGAGCACACGAAGGAGCGCGUCAAACUUGAAGGGUCUAAGUGCAAAGGGCAGCUUUUGAUUUUUGGGGCAACCAACUGGGACUUGAUUGGACGGAAGGAAGUGCCUAAACAACAAGCUGCCUACCGCAACCUUGGUCAGAAUUUGUGGGGUCCCCAUAGAUAUGGGUGCCUGUCAGGAGUCCGGGUACGAACCGUUAUUUCAGGUUCCUGUGCGGCCCACAGCCUCCUCAUCACCACAGAAGGGAAGCUGUGGAGCUGGGGUCGGAAUGAAAAGGGGCAGCUGGGCCAUGGUGAUACCAAAAGGGUUGAAGCCCCCAGACUAAUUGAGGCCCUCAGCCAUGAGGCAAUUGUGCUGGCAGCAUGUGGGCGCAACCACACCCUGGCAUUGACAGACACUGGUACUGUGUUUGCCUUUGGAGAGAAUAAGAUGGGACAGCUGGGCCUUGGAAACCAGACAGAUGCCGUCCCAAGCCCUGCUCAGAUCAUGUACAAUGGGCAGCCGAUUACCAAGAUGGCCUGCGGGGCUGAAUUCAGCAUGCUGAUGGACUGCAAGGGAAACCUCUAUUCCUUUGGGUGCCCUGAGUAUGGCCAGCUGGGACACAACUCAGAUGGGAAGUUCAUUGCCCGGGCACAGCGGAUAGAGUACGACUGUGAGCUGGUGCCCCGGCGGGUGGCCAUCUUCAUUGAGAAGACCAAGGAUGGGCAGAUUUUGCCUGUCCCAAAUGUGGUGGUUCGAGACGUAGCCUGUGGCGCCAACCACACACUGGUCCUGGACUCACAGAAGCGAGUCUUCUCCUGGGGCUUUGGUGGCUAUGGCCGAUUGGGCCAUGCUGAGCAGAAGGAUGAGAUGGUACCUCGCCUGGUAAAGUUGUUUGACUUCCCUGGACGUGGCGCGACCCAGAUUUACGCUGGUUACACCUGCUCCUUCGCUGUCAGUGAAGUGGGUGGCCUGUUUUUCUGGGGGGCCACCAAUACCUCCCGAGAGUCUACCAUGUACCCGAAAGCAGUGCAGGACCUCUGUGGCUGGCGGAUCCGGAGCCUCGCCUGUGGGAAGAGCAGCAUCAUCGUAGCGGCUGAUGAGAGUACCAUUAGCUGGGGUCCGUCGCCAACCUUCGGGGAACUGGGAUAUGGGGACCACAAGCCCAAGUCUUCCACCGCAGCUCAGGAAGUGAAGACUCUGGACGGCAUCUUCUCUGAACAGGUCGCCAUGGGCUAUUCACACUCCUUGGUGAUAGCACGAGAUGAAAGUGAGGCUGAGAAGGAGAAGCUCAAGAGGCUGCCCGAAUAUACCCCACGCACCCUCUGAGGCAAAUCGGCACUCCCCUCCUGGCAGCUGUCAUUUCCACGUGCACUGGGACCAGAAGUCAGACAAGGAAUUUAGGAAGCAAAGGUUGACCGAAGGUGCAUUGGAUUAGCCUCCCCGAGGUUCCGUUUCCAAGUGAUUGAUUCGACGUUAACUACCUUUUUCUGUAUGCUUUCCAAAGUGUUUUUCCUCAACGUUUGAUUAAAACAUUUGCUUAUAGCCAACUUGCCUUUCUACAAGACAGGCAGGAACUCUGAACAAUUUAGGCUUUUUUUUGUUUUGUUUUGUUUUUAAGUUGUAUUUCUUUUCUCCCCCCUCCUGAGUAUCCUUGUCCAGCCCUCCCAUUCCAGCCAUAAUUAGCAUUGUGAUCCGAGUGGGUGCCACGUGGGAGAGGAAUCGUCACUUUCCCAGACAGAAAUGGCCCUUCCAGGAACCAGCAGCCUCUAGGCCAAGAAAUCCCUGGUGGUCGGUCUGUCUCCACCCAGACUCCUGCCUGCCCAAUUUGGGAGACCCGUCACUUGCUUGUGGGCCUGCCCGCCUGCUCCUGCCCCCAUAAUAGCUGUUGCUGGCUGGCUUUCUGCAAGGCCCACGGCCUUUUGGCUGAAGCAUUUGUAGAACCAGCCGUUUCCCCCCUGGUGGGGCUUUGGGGUCUGUGUUUAGCCAUUUAUAUCUACUUAGCUCUCCAAGUCCAAAUGAGAAUUGGGACCAUGGGAUGUGGGGGUGGGCAAGGAGGGGAGCCUUUGUGUUGUUGAAGGGCCUGCUUUUAUGGCUUCUUGUGGAGCCCAGGCUGUGCUUUACCAAUUAGAGAUUGAUCAGCCAGCAGUCAUAUGUGUUCUCAGUCCUCUGACCCGCUGUCGUCCAGUGUGUGCUUUGCCUGUCCGCUCCUGCUGUCCCCUCUACCUAGGAUGGCCUUUCUUCCCCUGGCCCCAAUGCUCUUUGGCCGCUUGCAUUUGCUUGGCUCUGGUACCAAAUAGUUGGGAUUCCUGGUGAAAUCCCCUGCCCUGCGUGUCAGUGCGGAUGCUGUGACUGUCACCACUUCCCCACAAGUGCCCUCUGCCCGAGCCGGUCCUGGUGUUGACUUUGUGGCUGAGUUCCGAGGUGCCUUUCCUGGAUCCCUCCUCGCUGGACCCGAGUGUGGUGGCAGCUCGGGCUGGGGCCUUGGUUUCCAGAGGGUCUGGGCUGCUUGUCUGCUUUAAUAGGUUUAGUUCGGUGGUGCUCUGGGAGAGGGGCCCAAGGAGUCAAGUGUGAGGCUGGUGGAUGGGAAGUUCAAGUCUGCUCUUCAGAUUUAUGGUUUUGCUUCUGCUGUUGUGACGCUUGUUAAAAUGCCGUCUCUAUGUUAAAAUGCCAAAAAUGAUCUAUAGUCGCUUCCUCUGCCCCAGCACUCCACAGCAGCUUCUGGCAAGGUGUAUCUGUCCAAGCCAGUGCCAUGGCCUGGCGGGAACAGGUCUGUCCGAGUUCCCACUGUCUCCCAUCAUGUGUCCAACUGUAGUCAGUUCAGAGACAAGCUUCUGUUGUGGCAGGGCUUCUGCAAAACUACCCUGCUUUGUCCAGGUCACCCCAGACACCGCCCUUCUGCCAGCAGGACCCGAGCCUUCCCUGGGCUCUCUGGAGAGUGUCGCUCAGGGUCUGCUCCUCCUGGCCUGGAUCUCCUAUCCUGGAGGUCUCCUGGUGUUGUGUGGUCACCAAGAGGGUUGAGGACACAGUGGCCCUGAGCCAGGCUGGGCUCAUCUUCUAGGGAGCAAACCUAAAGCCAGCAGCCGGCGCCUCUGGCUAGAGCCCUGUGGAGGCUGAGCAGAAAGUGUCUUCUAGGUAGAGAGCCUUGUGCCUGGCACAACCCCUCCUUGUAGGCUAAAAUUCCCACCUAAGCUUUCCCACAGGGAAUCUUUAGAACAGGAGGAAGGUGGGAAGCCCUGGGUGGGAACCGCUCUGGGCGUCCAUGGAUUCCCGAAGUUUUCUGGACGUCCACAGAGGGUAGUGUGAAGGGAGCAAACGAGAAUGAUGGGAUUCGGUUGAAGGUGCCUGGUUUAGUGCUGUUAAUUGUCGUAUUUUUUUUUUAUAUAUAUAUAUAUUUCUUGGAGUAAACAUUUUAAAUAAACGGCAUCAUUGUUUA